AUGGGAAAUGUGUACCUAUCGAGUAAUGUUGAUCCAAAGAAUUCAGAAGGUACAACGUUCUGGUUAAUACAAGAGCGUAAAGAAUAUCUAUACUUUCAAUGGAUUCCAUUUCAAAGAGAAUAUUAUGGUGCUUUAUUUCUUGAACAAAAGGAUGAUGUUUCACAACAAAUGACAGAUGAUCUAGAAGAGGCAAUGUUAAUGACUGUUGCUCCAGCAUGUAAAAAUCAAAAGUACUUUCUGAGGCAAUCAGUAGGCUAUUCGAUAAUUGGUUAUUAUGAUAAAGAAUCAAGGGAACUACAUUUUAAUCGAAUUUUCAGAGUGGAACGAAUUACAUUUGAAACAAACGAUGAUAAAUCUACCUCUUUAAUAUGGCAAAUUAAUGAUCAAAUUUGUUCAACAGAAGAUUUAAUCAUAAUAUUUAAAAAAGAUUCAACAGGAUUUCAUCGAAUGUAUACUAUUUCUGCUAAUGAAAGAAAUUAUCAUUUCACAAAUGGAUUAAAUGAUGAUGAACAUGUUAUUAUUACUACUUAUCAUGAACAUGCAUUCGGUUUAUCUGAAUUAGGUAAAUUUGUAAUAGAAAUAUAUUGA